CUCAGUCCAUGUUCGAGUGUGUGUGUGUUUGCAGGCAAGGGAAAAAAUCGCACCAUUUUUCUCGUGCCCUCUUGCGUGCGUUUUUUGGUCUUUCGAGGACAGUUUCGUUGGAUAUUAAACAAACUUAAGCCCAGCUAAAUAUGUAAAAAGUAGUGAAUUAAGUAGUUACCGAGAAAGUGACGAGCGCACAGCCGCAAAUCGAGUUGCAAAUUAUAUUCGGUCCGAACGUGUGUAACAGUGUCUGUGCGUGCGUGCGUAUGAGUGUAUGGGUAAAAAAAUGAGGCGUAGUGAAAAUGCGUGCAAAACUGUAUAAAAGAUUGCUAUGAUUUCAAGGCGCUGAAGCCAUGUGCUAUAAGUGUUUAAGCGUGCAACUGACCGGUUAAAUUGUCCAUAGCUGAAAUUUAACUACACCCUAACAACAACAACAGCAGCAGCACUUUUGCCUAAAAUGUCAGCCGGGAAUGGAAGAAAAACAUAGCAGCAAACUGAAUGAAUUCAAUUCGGAGUUCGGAUUUGUUGUCACACAAAUUGUUGGAUAAAAUGUGCAAAAGUGUGUUUGUCAAAUUGUUUAGCCAAAAUUAUUUGUUUACCUAGUUAUUCAGUGUAGCACGAGACUGUUUUCCCUUACACCCUAAAACACACAUUUGGCUAAGUUGCACCGAAACAUAGAACUGAGCCCGAAAUUAAACCAGAAACUCGAUCAAUCGUUCAGCGGCAACGGAUUAGCAAUAAGAAUUUAAUAAUUCUACGACAAAUAGCCCGCCUUUUGACAUUUGUACACAUAACUACACAGCACACACUCACCAACACAAAAGUUCACAUCAAAAAAUUAAAAAAAGAAAAAAAAUUAAUAAAGUAAAGCAACAAAAAGGAAAACUCAAGGAGAUGCUGCUCAAAUUUCAUACUUAAUGUCAAAAAACAACGACGAUCCCACAGAAAUAAAAACAACAGCCAGAGCAGGAAAAGGAACAACAGGAAUAACUGUAAGCUAGCGAAGAGCGAACCAGGGAGCGAGAGGACGAGAUCAUUCCUUACACACACACACCUGCCGUGUCGUCUCGUUCAGUCACCUGUAAUCGAGUGGGAGAAAAAUAGAGAGCAGCGGAUCUCCCGUUACCGCAUGUGCGACAUGCGCGGACACUAAGUGAGUGUGAGUGAGUGCGCGUGUGCAAGUGCGUGCGAGUGUGCGCGAGUGUGGGCGGUGAGAGGAUAAUUCGCUCAAUUCGCACGCAUCCCACAGAUCCCUCAGAUCCUCCAGUUUGUGCAGCAAGCAGAACCCGCAUUUCGGAUCAAACCAAUCGCCAAACAGCAAACAGUAACCACAACAACAACAACAUCAGCAGCAGCGGUAGCCGAUAAAAAUUCAUUAUCAAAAUUCACGGAAAAGACGAUCCAGUUCUUGAGCCAAAAUUCAAGAGAGAUUAGCUAGGCGAAAUGCAGCGACGUGAACGGCAAGCUAGUGGCGGUGGCCCACAAACGACAACUGCCGGUGCAUCCGCUGGUAAUGUGGCAAAUGCCACCACAGCCCUAGCCGGUGGUAAAAGCUCAAGCAAUAACAUGUAUUCCACCCGCCAAUCUGUAAGCACCACAACCGGUGUACUUAUGGUCGGACCAAAUUUUCGUGUCGGUAAAAAAAUUGGCUGUGGUAAUUUUGGCGAAUUGCGUUUAGGCAAAAAUCUUUACAACAAUGAACAUGUAGCAAUAAAAAUGGAGCCUAUGAAGUCAAAGGCUCCGCAACUACACUUAGAGUAUAGGUUUUAUAAACUAUUAGGAUCACAUGCCGAUAACGCCCCAGAUGGCAUACCACGCAUUUAUCAUUUGGGCACUUGCGGUGGCCGUUACAAUGCCAUGGUUUUAGAGUUAUUGGGAUUAUCAUUAGAAGAUCUCUUCAAUAUUUGCGCCCGUAAAUUUUCACUUAAGACUGUAUUGAUGAUAGCGAAACAACUUCUCCACCGGAUCGAAUAUGUUCAUAGUCGGCACUUAAUAUAUAGGGAUGUGAAACCAGAGAACUUUCUCAUUGGCAGAACGUCAACAAAACGUGAAAAAAUUAUACAUAUAAUUGAUUUCGGUUUGGCCAAAGAAUACAUUGAUUUAGAUACAAAUAGGCAUAUACCAUAUCGGGAGCAUAAGUCCCUAACUGGAACGGCACGUUAUAUGUCAAUCAACACGCAUAUGGGGCGUGAGCAGUCGCGACGCGACGAUCUGGAGGCAUUGGGUCAUAUGUUUAUGUAUUUCUUAAGAGGUUCACUGCCGUGGCAAGGCCUGAAGGCUGAUACACUCAAGGAGAGAUAUCAAAAAAUCGGUGAUACGAAACGAGCAACGCCCAUCGAGGUGCUUUGCGAUGGACAUCCGGAAGAGUUUGCGACAUAUUUGCGUUACGUGCGGCGGUUAGAUUUCUUCGAAACUCCCGACUAUGACUUUCUGCGAAGACUGUUUCAAGACUUAUUCGAUCGUAAGGGAUACACCGACGAGGGCGAGUUCGACUGGACAGGGAAGACAAUGUCAACGCCCGUCGGAUCUCUGCAAACUGGCCAUGAAGUCAUCAUUUCACCAAAUAAAGAUCGUCAUAAUGUUACGGCUAAGACAAAUGCCAAAGGAGGUGUUGCUGCGUGGCCUGAUGUGCCAAAGCCGGGGGCAACACUGGGCAAUCUAACGCCGGCCGAUCGGCAUGGUUCAGUGCAGGUUGUGAGUUCGACGAAUGGCGAACUAAAUCCGGACGAUCCCACGGCCGGACACUCAAACACGCCCAUCACACAACAGCCGGAAGUCGAAGUGGUCGAUGAAACAAAUGGUUCCUUAUAUUCCAGAUGUUGUUGUUUCUUUAAACGAAAGAAGAAGAAAUCGACGCGCCAAAAAUGACUAGACGGUGUACAAUGUAGUCCAGAACGCGAGGCAGUCACUCUGCUGCGCGCCACUUCACAUUCAAACUCACGGGAUAGCGUAUUGAAUAAUCCGAGUCAGGAUUAUAUCCAGCAGGCAACGUCGCAGCACACGUUGCGUUAUCCUCCAUCCGCGUCGAUGCUGACGCCAACACCAACUACAAACACACCGACACUUCCGUUGUAAUUUAUAUAAAUAUAAAGCUAAAGCCACAUGCAGAAUGCAAAAUGCAGAAAGCAACAAAAAAAAUAUUAAAUCAAA